GCUUUUUCUUCACCGUUCAUUUGAGUUUCUAGCUUCUAUUCUGUUGCAUAUUUCGGAACUGCUCCACAUUUGUUUGCUGUAAUUUAUUUUCUACUCCAAGAUUAUUCGAAGCGUCCAAAAGGGCUUUGCCUAGUGAGUGAGACAGGGAAAGUUGCUUAGAGUUGGGAUUUUAGUUAGCCUCCGAAUACCUUUAUUCGGCGCAGGGUGUUGGGUGAGUUGCCAGUCAGAGUUGGGUAAUUUCCUCAGUCUUGCGUUAUAGUUUCCCCUCGUUUUGCAACUUUAUCCUCUGUUGGUGUGUUUUUUUCUUUUGUGUUCCGAUUGCACUUUCUCAACGAUGACAAUCAUUGGCACACGCCCUCUCGAAAUUUAGGUCUCCGAUUGAUCUCUUAAUCAUCAACUUCUCUGCAGAAAGCUUAAACGCUUGCACUUUAUUCAAUCAAAGCCUCCCAGAUUCGGUACUUCAUCCCUCAAAAAUGAUGGGUAGGAAUGUGGAGCUGUUCCGAUGAGAUAUUUCAGUGCUUACACAUCUCUCUUCUUUAUUUUGAGACGGACAAUAGCGCUUGAGAUGCAUUGAGAGUUCUCACAAGUGUCCUUUCGCUCAAUUGCGAUUAGACAAUUUAUUAAGUAUCUAGUUUGUAGCUGUCUGUGUAAGCUUAUAUAAUUUGCAUAAUCUGCAUAUUCUGUUCAUCGAGCAAUCUAUCCUGUACAAAAGUUGAGUGGUGCUCUAUAUAUUCUGUCAUCGCUGUGUGUUGACGACAUUCCACAGCUUUUCUGGCCUGUCAGAGGUGUACUUACACUGAAUAAAUUAGACCCUCGGGGUGGCUUGUCACUUCUUAGUCGUGUUUUGUAGCGCCCCCAGUUUGUGUAUAGAGCGUUCACUUCACGCCAGAGAAGACAAGCUGAAGCAAGCUUGUCUUUUCUCCAUACUUCACGAAGUAUUCUUGAGCUGGUUUACUUGCAGCGAGCUUCAAAGUACAGGUCAACAUGUCAGUAGAGACACUGCAAUCAUCAGACGCCUUGCUGCCCGAGCAGCAAAGGAUCUGCUCAGACUACGAGCAAACCGUCAAUGGCAGCUCAAGUCUAGACUGCCAAAACGACGAAGAGGUUUCACUCAAAGGACCCUAUGAUCGGUUGCUUGGGGACACUGAACACAAUUGGUGUCGAGCAGUCUCGGUGGGAACAGGGAUCACUGUACUUGGAUUUCUCUUCAGGCGCCUGCUCAAUCCGCUGACUCUGCAAGCUGCCAUUGACAUUGUGCAGAUUCAGCAUCCCCGCCUUCGAUCACAACUCAUAUGGAUCCAUGGAAGGCCUGCCUUUCAGGUCUGCAACAAGCCAAUAGUUAAGGUGGAGGUGGUGAACCAACAGGAUGAGUCGCAAAUUGUUGAGGAUGUAUCAGAUGACACAGUACCGAUGCCUUCUGAAAAAGCCAAUAGCGAUAUGCGUGACGAAGACCCGCAUCUCAUAUCCGAUUCCAGCGAAGAAUGUGAUGAAAAGGGAUGGGUAAAAUUUGUGGAAGAGGAGUUGAAUAUCAAUAUUUGGCCUGAAAGAGAGCACUGUCUGCAGCCAGUGCAACUGUUUGUGGUUCGUCUUUAUCUUCUGUCAGAGAAUCGGUCCGCCAUGAUCUUGAGAAUACACACAGCUGCAUGUGACCGCGUCUCAGCUUCCACUGUUUCAGCUGAUAUAUUGAAGGCUCUUUCGAAUGUGAGCAAAAGGGAACUUGCGGCCUCAGAUGUGAGUCAGGAGGUAGAAGAAGAGAUUCCACAACUAAUGCAACAGGAUUCAGGAUUGGAAGAUACGAAUACUGGUCCCGAUUUACUAUCUGUCGAAGACACAAUUCCUCCAGGAAAAGCGAACAAGCCUUUUUGGGCGCAUGGAAUCGAUCUUCUAGGAUACUCAUUGGGUUCAAGGCGGCACGCACUGCUACCUUUUCAGGAUCCUGACUCACCACGGAGGACUGGAUUAAUCCGUUCCUCGCUAAGUUUUGAUCAUACACAGGCACUGUUGCAGGCAUGCAACGAAGCCAAAGCAAGCCUGUAUGGAGCUCUGUGUGCUGCAGGUUUGAAAGCAGCUGCUGCGACCAAGAACCUUGGUGGCAGGGGUGAGCACUAUGCUGUUAUCAGUCUCGUCGACUGUCGACGAUUCUUGGAACCUGCCAUUUCUGAUAACACAGUUGGCUUUUAUCAUUCAGCACUCAUGUUAACACAUCAUCUGAACGAAAAGGUGGAGUUUUGGGAGCUUGCAAAGAGAUGCUCAGGCUCACUUGACAAUGCGAUGAACAACCGCAAGCAUUUCACAGACAUGGGCGACCUCAACUAUCUCAUGUAUCAAGCAAUCUCUCGUCCAAAUCUUACACCUUCGGGUUCUCUUCGCACCUCCCUUCUCGUAACAUUCCGGGACUCCAUGACAGAUGAGCUUGGAGACCUAGCUACUGCAUUAGACAUAGAGGAUUUUGUUGGCUGUUCUUCGGUUCAUGGUGUGGGGCCUUCCUUAGCUAUAUUUGAUACAAUAUGCAAGGGGGAGCUUCAUUGUGCCAAUGUAUUCCCAACUCCUCUUCAUUCGCGCCAACAGAUGCAGGCGUACGUUGAUACCAUGAUGAGCUAUCUCGUUGAGUUCCUUCCAUGAGUCAGGAUCAGGUAGUUAAUUAUUAUCCCAUGUUCUAAUAUCAAAAUUCUACGUUUUCAUCUUGGCUUCCCGUUUUCUCAAUCUUCUUUCAAUAUGUGGACCUUUCAUCUUGUAAAGAAGAUCAAACCUUUGACUGA